GCAAAAAUUGCACAAUGUGGCUUGCGAAGGGCCUGUGAAGCGGAAUUGCAUCCCAUUGCAUUGCUGAAAGCAGGAUAAAAUGGCUGCUGAGCAGAGAGAGAGAGACGCUCAAGCUGCCCUGUUCCAGUCAGGAGGUAUACAGUGUUGUGUGAAAGAGGAACCGGACGAGGGAUUGUCCCAAUGCUGGGAUUCUGAAGACUUCCUGAGGGUAGUUCGUGUUCCUGACACGCAGCUUGGAUAUUCCCAAACCUUGUGGGAUGAUACAAAGGCACCUCUCGAGGGAUAUCUUGAGGGUAGUCAGCCAGCCAUUAGGAAGCAACAGAUGGUGGGACUCGAGGAGACACCCAACGGAGACACCAAACUUACGUCUGGCGGUGCAGGUGUUGAUGGCGUCACCCUGAGAGCUUACAAAAACCCCAGCCACAGUGGAGAAUACAAGACCAUCAAGGAAGAGAUCCUUCACGACGUUGCGCUCGAGACGGAAGCCCAACGGCAGCAUUUCCGGAUGUUCCGCUACCCAGAAGCUGAAGAGCCAAGGGAGGUGUGCCAGCGACUCUGGGAACUCUGCCGCCAGUGGUUGCGACCGGAGAGGAACACCAAGGAGCAGAUCCUGGAGUUGGUGGUCCUGGAGCAGUUCCUGGCCAUCCUCCCGCCAGCGAUCCAGAGCUGGGUGAUGGAAGGUGGCCCGCAGACCUGCUCUCAAGCGGUGGCCCUGGCCGAGGAUUUCCUGCUGAAGCAACAAGAAGCUAAGGAGAGACCAGAAAAUCAGGUGUUGAUCCACCAGGUCACCGCAAGUACCCCCGAAGCUGAACAGGAUUUGUCCACUAUUGAACCAGAACAGCUUUACCGAGAGCCAAAGCAGGAGGACUCCGAAGAGGCCAGGCUUAUGGCAGGGACUGAAUGGCCUCAUGGAAGUCGGGAAGAUGAGGAGGAAGAAAAACCACAUUUGGAAAUGGUGGAUCAAGUGGAACCCCAGCGAUCACUGACAGAAAAAAAUUCUUGGGGUUGGGGAAAGGGAGAGAUUUCGGCCAAACCACCUGAAACGGAACCACAAAGCCAUCCCGAAAAUCAAGAGAGGACCUCCGUUUCUUCUGUGGAAGGCGGUGAGGGCCUUAGUGACACCGAAGAGGAGGGUGUCAACAGCCAGGACCAAAACGCCAGCGAUGCAGACGAGAAGAACCUCAGUCAGACGGCGGGUCGUACGUCCCACCCGAGGAUCUCUCCAGGACCGAAGCUCCACAAAUGUCUGGUUUGUGCGAAGGCCUUCCCAUUGAGAUCUAGCUUGGUGGUGCACGAGAGGACGCAUGUGGGAGGGAAACUGUACUGCUGUUUGCAGUGCGGGAAAAGCUUCAUUGCCAGUUCGGACUUUGCUCAGCAUUUAAGGACCCACACCGGGGAGAAAAUAUACAAAUGCUCGGAGUGCGGGAAGUGCUUCCGCCACACCUCCUCCUUCACCAGCCACCUGAGGAGCCACAUGGGCGAAAAGCCAUUCCAGUGCCUGGAAUGUGAGAAAAGCUUCGUGGCCCGUUCAGACCUCAUUCGGCACGAGAGGUCCCACACGGGCGAGAAGCCUUACCGAUGCUCCGACUGCGGGAGGGGUUUCUGCCAGAACUCUCAGCUGGCCACUCACCAGAGAAUCCACAUGGGAGAGAAGCCUUUCGAAUGCUUGGAGUGCGGGAAGAUCUUCAGCCGAAGUUCCCACCUACACGGGCAUCAGCGGAUCCACUCCAUCGAGAAGCCGUACAAAUGCUCCGACUGCGGGAAGACCUUCAGCGGGAAGUCUCACCUCAAUCGCCACCAGAGGAUCCACACGGGCGAGAAGCUGUUCAAGUGCUUGGUGUGUGGGAAAAGCUUCUGCAUGAACUCCGACCUCAUCGCUCAUGAGAGGAUCCACACAGGCCACAAGCCGUACAAGUGCCUGGACUGCGGGAAAAGCUUCAGCCAGAAGCAGCACCUGACGAGCCACGAGAGGACCCACACGGGAGAAAAACCCUACGUUUGCUCCCACUGCGGCAAAGGGUUCAGCGUGAGCUCCAACCUCAACACCCACGAGCGCACCCACACGGGCGUCAGGCCCUUCACGUGUUCCGACUGCGGGAAAAGCUUCAGUCAGAAAUCCCACCUCAUCGGCCACCAGAGAAUCCACACAGGGGAAAAGCCUUAUGUGUGCAUGGAGUGUGGGAAAAGUUUUGGGUCCAGCUCAAAUCUGAUGGCCCACAUGAGGAUCCACAGCGGAGAGAAAGCAUAGGCGAGUUUGCAGGACAGCUGAAACAAAUCUGAAGGGGGGGGAGAACACCUCCCAUCCUUUCCCACCAAUAUCCUUUGUAUUUACAGUGGUGCCUCGCAUAGCGAGCGCUUCGCUAUGCGAUGAAACCGCACAACGAGGGGUC